AUGAGCCAGUGCAGCCUCCAAGCGGCUGCCAACGAACCAGAUAUGGACGGCGCCAUCCCAGAAGAAGUGGCCAUCACCCAGAAUGCCACCGCGUCAAGAGCCACCGCCGUCCCCAGCAACAAAGGCAGAGGCCGCGGUCGAUGGACCCGCCCCAGGAACACCAAAGUCACAAAACCCGCCCAACAAAAAGCACCUUCCGGUCGGGGACGUCGCCAAAAAGUAUACGAAAAUCCCCGGGUCCAGGCCGCCCAUGAACGCACCCAAGAACUGAAGCAGGCCUUCCUUGCCAUUAGCAAGUUGGUUAAGCCGGCAGCCCAAGAGGUCGCUGACCGCUCCAUCAACGAGCUGCUCGAAGACCCCGCUCUCUACAAGCAAGUGCCUCAAUACGGAGCCACCAAGAAGUUCCUGCGGGACCGCCACGACGAGACCAUUCAACAGUGCAAUGACCGCCUCGAGCACGGCCUCGCCAUGGCAGAGCAUGUCUGGCAGGCCCAGCAUCAAAAGGUCAUGGAGGAGUAUACCACCAAGGUCGCCGAGCUCUGCGAGGACAGAUAUGGCCAGCUCCUUCGCCAGCUAGACAUCCUCGAGACUCUCUACGAGAACGGUCUGCCCGCUGAUGAGAUUACCCAGGAAGACGCCGACUGCCAGGGCGUCUUUCGCGAGACCGAAGGCGGCGUCGAGGUGCCGCAUUCCGGCAAGACCAUCUCCCAGCUGAUGGUCAAGCCGCAGACGCUCCCCCUGGAGCCGAAGCGGAAGGCAGAUGGCCAGCCGGAGGGCUUGCCUGCGGCGAAGGUGGCCGCCGUCGCCAAGGGGGACGAGACGGCGCCCCAGAUGCCCAGGCAUCCGGCUGGCCUCCUCGGCGCCGCCGACGCCAUCGAAGAGAGCGGCGCGACGACCUCGGACUCGGGCUCCGGCGCCCCCACCCCGACCCCCGUCCCCGAACCGGCAGAGGAAGCGGCCCCCGAACCGGUCAACCAGCGCGUCGUCAGCGGCGUGGCAACCCCGGACGACGGGCCGGAACUCCCAAUUCCCCGCGGCGCGACGGACCCAGACGAGUUUGGUGUUCGUCUCAUCUCGAGACGACCCACUCGCAUGGACAUCCCGAACAACCGCAUCAUGGUGCCCAACUUGUUCGAGUGGGACGACCUUGACAUCGGUUUCCGGGACUCGACCAACUGCGUCCAGAAGGGCGCCACGAAGCAGCGCCGCGGGAAGUACCUGGGCCGCCCCGGCUCGAACUGCAUGUUCAUCGACCGCCGGGCCGGCAUCUGGGAUUCCACCCUGGCCGCCGGGGAGCUGGACGACGACCUGGUGAAGAAACACAAGCUUCACCCCACCCUCGGCAUCACCCUUCCCGACUCAGUCAACGAGUGGGAGGCCCCCAAGCCCACCGCCAACGGCUGGAAGUCUGUCGUCUUCGUGCCGCCCAGCGGUGACCCCAUCCACGCCUCGCGGACCAUCGAGGCCGCCAGGAUGGACGCCGAGACGGAGGUGGCCGAGCGCCGAAUGAGGAUUGUACGACUGGUGCGCACUGCCUGCGAGCAGGAGGACAUCUCGCAAGAAGACGUCGCACCAGACGCCGAGCUUGUGGAGAAGAACCGGAUCGAGGUAUUGGUCGCUCGGGGCCUCGACCCCGCCCAAGUCGUCCAAGUCGCCCAGCCGGAGCCAUCGUCGCCCACCCCCGAGCCUGCCGUCGAGGACACGCUGCUCUUCGACCAGUUCGCCACCGAUGCUCUCGGUGCCGCUGCCGCCCUCGAGGCAGUAGAGGAGGCCGCCCGCAUGGCCGCGGCGAAGCGAGCCCAGCAGCCCCGACCCUACGACGCCAUCCGGGACGUCUUUACCGAGAGCCCCUCCACCCGGCAGCCCUCCCCUCCCACGGCGCAAGAGACCCCCCUUCCUGCUCCGCCCAUGGCCGCCGACACCAGCGGGCUCUCCUACCUUGCCGAUCUUGCCCUGCAACCGGAGCCUCCCGCGAUGCAGCCCGCCGCAACCGAGCAGCCGCAUCACGGCCAACCACCGCUCGAGACGAUGAUGGCCCUGGGCGAAUACGACCAUCAGCAGGCAGAGUACGCCCGGUCGGCCGAAUAUCCGCCACCCGACCCUGCCCACUUUGCCCGGCAGGAUGGGCCGUCGGCACCCAUGGAGCCCGUCAGGACCAACGACUUUCUCCGGACCGCCCUCAACCCCCAACCGGCGUCCCCUCCCCUGCACAUGUCGUCGGUUCAGGAAUACGGCGGCGUCCCCCUCGCUCCGGCACACGGCCCCAUGACCAACCAAGGACCACAAUCGUCGGCCGGACGAACCCCCUUUUCCAGCACCGGCGCUGCCAAGGCCCUUCCGGCGCUGCGGCCGAUGCGAAGUCUUCUGAAUGAGACCCCGGCGUUUCAAGAGCCACAGGGCAACCCGGCCUUGCAUCACAACAUGGUGCCUUCGAACAGCGGUGCAUACUUCCCACCCGCAGCCAACCGCCCAUUUCACAACUCCUACUCCGUUCAGGGGCAGCCACAGCCGAUGCAGUCCAUGAUGCCGCAGAUGCAGCUGGGAAACCCGCACCAGCCGCCGUCUCACGCCUGCCCGCCUAUGGGACCAGCACCCAUUCGGCGAAUGAGCACGCCUCCACCUUACCACCAACCGGCUAACCCUCCGCUCGGCCCCGCGCCGGGGUCCGCUCUCGGUAGCCAGGCGCCCAUCCACUAUCAAGGAGGACAGCAACCCCUUGCACCAGCUGGGUCCUCAGCGCCUCGGUCCCGCCCGGGAAGCUCCUCGGCUGCGAACUCGGCGGCCGCUUCUAAAUACCGCAAGCUCGAGCCGGCACCGACUCCACCCCAUCGCCUAUCGUACUCGGGCAAUGGUCAAGAACUACGAACCGUCCAGUUCGACUACCGCGAGGCCAUCAAAGACUACAGUGCCGUCGAGGCCCCGCCCAGGCAUGGUCCCACCCAGAUCAGGGGCUGGACCCACAACAAUAUCAGAAAGAGGGCGGGUGGCGGAGGUGGCGCCAGUAGCGGAGGCAGCCCUGCGAACAAGAAGAGCGGCGACAGGAAGCGCACAAGGGAGGAUCCCAACGAGGGACCGCCGGGGAAGAGGGUCAAAACCGCCGGCCCCAGCUUUGCUCCCAUUUCGGGCCAUGGCCACGGGUUUACUGCUGCGUCUCAAGCUCCCUCCUCUUUACCUCCCUCGCGUUUUGUGCCAAUCGCGCCGCGCGUGGAGAACCACGCGAGACUUCCUACACCCACAUCGGCGUCAGCAACGGUACCUACACCGCCCAUGGGUCACUUCCCUCCUGUUUCUGCGGCAAACACGAAUCCUGCCGUCACACAUAACCAGCCUACGCCGAAGAGCGACGUCAAAAAGCCGAGAACGCGGGCCGCUACUCGCGCUCCGCGGGCAAGGAGCCCUUACAAUCUGCGGAGCCGUGGGGGUGCGCAGAACACUGGCACCAAUACGAACCCAAGCCCGUAG